AUAACUUUGCUCCACUUUUUCUCCACUUUUUCUCCUUAAACCCUACCCUCCCACUGAAAAACCCAAUCUUCUCCUUCCACUUCCAGUGAUUUUCCAGCAUCAACAAUGGCUUCCCUCAUCGCAGUUCGCACUCCUCGUCCAUAUUCUCUCUCCUCCCUCCUCAAGAUUCCUUCAUCAUCUUUCCUAUUCUUAAACACUAACUCUAAAACCCUCAAAUACCCUCUUCUAUUUCGUUCUUUCUCCACCUUCACCAACUAUUCUCAUCCUCUUCAACCUACUGAUAAUCCUCAAAAUUACCCUCCUAAUCAAAACCCUAAUUCUUGGCAUCAUCAAUCUCAAGGUGGUUUUUCUCCUCCACCCAUAAACCCUAAUUUCACCCCCAAUUAUCGCUCCCAACAACAACAACACCAACAACAGCAAAAUCAUUGGAAUCAACAAAAUCAAGGGUACCCAAUUCGAGGAAACCCUAAUCAUGGGUAUCCACAACCACCACAACCACAAACGCAACAACCACCACAAUCACCUCAUAGAAACUCUCCUCAAUGGGUUCAGAAUCAGGCCCAUCAAGGCCCAGGGCAGGUCCAGAAUGUCCAGAAUCAAGCCCAGCAAGGCCCAGUUGAGCAGCAGCAUUUGAAUGUGGACUUGAGGAGUAUGGCUUUGGAGGGGAAGGUGAAGGAGAUUAUUGAGUUGAUGGAGAAAGGAGCUAAAGCUGAUGGGGAAUGUUUUUAUGUGUUGUUUGAAAAAUGUGGGAACCCUAAGUUACUUGAGAGUGCAAAAAAGGUACAUGAUUUCUUUCUUAGGUCUACAUUUAGGGGUGAACUUAGAUUGAUUAAUAAAGUGCUUGAAAUGUAUGCAAAAUGUGGGAGUAUGGUGGAUGCUAGGCGGGUUUUCGAUCAUAUGUUGGAUCGAAAUAUGGAUUCUUGGCAUUUGAUGAUUAGGGGAUAUGCUAGUAACUCGCUUGGGGAUGAAGGGUUACAGUUGUUUGAGAAGAUGAGGGAGCUUGGGCUGCGGCCUACUAGCGAGACGUUUCAGGCUGUUUUGUUGGCGUGUGCGGGUGCUGAAGCUGUAGAAGAAGGAUUUAUCUAUUUGGAGAAGAUGAAAACUGAGUAUGGAAUUGAGCCACAGUUGGAGCAUUAUUUGGGGGUGUUGGAUGUUCUUGGAGCUUCUGGACAUCUUGAAGAAGCUAGGAAUUAUAUCGAAAAGUUGCAAAUACAGCCGAAUGUGGCAUUUUGGGAAUCACUGAGGGAUUAUGCUAAGCUUCAUGGGGAUAUUGAUCUUGAGGACCAUAUAGAUGAGUUGAUAAUUGAUCUUGAUCCUUCCAAGGCUGUUGCUAAUAAACUCCCAACUCCACCCCCGAGAAAGCGUAUGGCAGUGAAUCUUAUGGAGGGAAGGAACAGACUUCCUGAGUUUAAAAAUCCUACUUUGUACAAUGAUGAUGAGAAAUACAAGGCUGCUCUGAAGGAACAAGGUUAUGUGCCGGAUACUAGAUAUGUUCUUCAUGACAUUGAUCAGGAAGCUAAAGAACAGGCCCUGCUAUAUCAUAGUGAGAGGUUAGCUAUUGCUUAUGGCUUGAUCAGUACCCCACCCAGGACACCUCUCAGGAUCAUUAAGAACCUAAGGAUUUGCGGUGAUUGUCACAACGCCAUAAAAAUCAUGUCCAAGAUUGUUGGGAGGGAGUUGAUUGUCAGGGACAACAAGCGGUUCCAUCAUUUCAAGGAUGGCAAAUGCUCUUGUGGGGAUUACUGGUGAAGGCUUAGUUGCUUUGAACUUCCAUAUCAUCAGGGUUUUUUUAGUCUGUGCAGUAAGCUUGCGUUGUGAAAAUCUUAUGUCCAAUUAGCAGGUCUAACUCGAACUGUGGGUUGACGGAUGCAUAUUGACAAUCUUAUUGAGGGUUAGUCUUGUUUUUGCACAAUGUCAAUGUAAUUAAGAGAUGUGAGUUAUAAAUGGCAAUUGGAUGCCCUUGGUGUCCACUUUCCAAUAUGGUUUCACUCUUUAUAGUUUCGGUGGCGCCCUCCUCCUUACACCUUAUCUGGCUUAAAGGAAUUAUUUUCAAUUUUCAAAUAGCAGUUUUUUGAAGCUACAU